AUGCAGUCUCUUCUUCUAGAACGUGCCACCGGUGCUAUCCUGCCUUUGGCGUAUGCGACGACCAUCACCGAGUCGCUCUACGCAUCAUUGGCUCAAUCCAACCGAGACUAUUUCCCAGAAAACUGCCACUCCGCUGCCAUCAAUGCUCUUGCUAUAGAAGAGAUCGAGUCCAGGUAUAUGCUCAGUGGUUCUGGCGACUCGUCGAUCAAGUUGUGGGAUUUGGCUGACGUGCCUGAAGGUGAAGAGAAGUAUACUCCAAUUGCUUCGAUUCCAAGAAAGGCGGCUCAUAAUUUUGGUGUGUCGGCCGUGCAAUGGUGGAAACAGGACACCGGGAUGUUUUUCACGGCAUCCUUUGAUCACACUGUGAAAGUGUGGGACACUAACUCGCUUGAGGUGGUACACACCUUCGAUCUCAAUAACCGUGUGUAUGCCAUUGAUGUCAACGGCGCUCAGAUUAACGCACAUCUGUCCCAGGCCCUUAUAGCGGCUGCUAGCGAUCAGCCGUUCAUUCGACUUUUAGAUAUACGUGCGUCAUCGAGUGCACACACUCUUCCGGGCCACAAAGGCAAGACCAUUGCAGUCUCGUGGCACCCUCAAAACCCAUACUUGCUUGCCUCCGGGGGCCAUGAUGGCGAGGCAAAGGUCUGGGAUAUUCGUCGAAGUAAAAGCUGCUUGGCGCGUCUUGACAUGACGAAAACAAACACCCGACCUGCCUCCAUUGAUGCAUUGAACCUUGGCUCCACCUCCAUAAAAGCACAUCUGGGACCUGUGAACGCCGUAGUAUGGGACCGCUUGGGCCAUAUCUUGUAUACUGCUGGGAAUGACGACAAAGUGCGCGUUUGGGACAUGACUUCGACCACCAGUCCACCGGUGAACAAACUCAUCAAUUUCGGACCGUUGACGCGAAACAAAUACCUCCAAACACUUCCGAUGAUUCUCAGUCCACGCACCGAGACAGAGACGCAGUAUUUGCUCUUCUCCUCCGAUAGUGGCUACAUCCUAGUGUUCCGCGCCAUUGACGGAAAGCUUGUGCUGCGGCUUCUGCGACGCGGAUCCAAGAACACGGUCCGCGCCACAUCUCUAGCGUACGCGGGAAACUUCUCGGCCAUGUACUACUCUGGCUGUCAGGACGGCGACAUUGUAGCGUGGCGCGGCGAGGGUGUCAAGGAAGAGCUCAUGCAAUAUGGCACUGUCGCCAGAGACGCACCGGCAGAAAAGAACAGCAAUAUAGAAGAAGAAGAAACGGCUGUCAAGCUCACUCUCGAAGACCUUUACGACGACCCCUACUUCCAGAUGCACCACAAAAGUGACCCUACCCUCAAUCCCACAGACCACUCCCAAGAGUAG